CUUCCAUUGAUAACAACAAUGUCAGCCAAGGAGGAGGUUGAGGAGAGUCAUGCAUUUGUUGAAUGUAAUGGGAGUGCAUCUAUAAUCAAUGAAACACGACUUCGAGUUUAUCCAGUUUCUGAGUAUGACUCAGGCGAAGGUUUACCAUAUGCUCCUGUAGAUUGGCCAAAUGUGGGUGAUAAGUGGGGCUGGCGGGCAGGGAAAAAAGCUACAGGUUUAGGCACCUUUAAAGAUAGAUAUCUGUAUCUUCCGAAGCGUUUUCAGGCUCUGAAAGAUGGAAAGAAAAAUGUUUUUCGAAGUAAGAUUUCAGUUAAAAAGUAUCUCCAGUCUGAGUAUCCUGAUAUGGAUAUAAACCAAUUCUUUGCCUCAUUCAGUUGGAUGAUUCCUUCGAGGCAGUCGUCAAGCUCAAAAGAUGUUGAUUUUGACUCAGAUAUGAAAGAGAGGACUUCAUCUUCAGGGACGAAAAUGCAGCCGUUACUGGCUGAUUCUCCUAUUAGAGUCAUUACUUGUAAGGCUGGUAACAAAAUUUGUAGCAGUUUAACAGCAGAAAGUCCUUUUCUGGAGACAAUGCUUUGUAAUAUAUGUUGCAGUGAGCCUGGUUUUUGCCAAGACUGUUGUUGUAUCCUUUGCUUUAAACCUAUUAGUUUGGACUAUGAUGGGUACAGUAGCAUUCGGUGUGAAGCAACAACAAAUGGCUACAUAUGUGGACAUGUUUCCCAUCUAGAGUGUGCUCUACGAGCUUACAUGGCUGGGACAGUCGGAGGAAGCAUCAAUUUGGAUGCAGAGUAUUUAUGUCGAUGCUGUGAUUCAAGGACGGAUUUGGUUGCACAUGCUCUGAAGCUUUUAAACAUUUGCACAUCCAUUGCUUCUUACGCUGACAUCGAAAAGAUUUUGAAUGUUGGCAUUUGUGUUUUGCGUGGUUCACAGAAAAGGAGUGGAAAAGAGUUGUUGCAUCGUAUUGAAUCAAUCAAGGCAAAGACAACUGCAGACAUUCAGUGUUUGAAGUUAGUCUUGACGACGUCUAACUUUAUCCACAAAUCAGGUACUGAAGGAAAGAUCUUUUUGGAGAUCGCUAAGGAAACAGUGUAA